AUGGCGGCUCUUCAACCAGCUACCCCACCUUUGGAUCCUUCAUCAUCUCUAGAGCUUUGUAGGCUCCCUUUGCUCACUUCAGACAGCUCGUUUCUUUGUGACGUCUCGCAUCAGGUACCUAGACCUCUGGUCCCGGAACCUAUGCGACGACUCGUGUUUGACGCCCUACAAGGGUUAUCACACCCUGGAGUUCGUGCCACUCAGAAAUUAAUUAGUCAACGGAGCCACUGGGCGAUUGAUGCAGCGAAGAUUAAAGUUCAAGCUGGGGAGCUGGAGUGGUUCCCCAGCCUGGAAAACGAUACACCAGCACUGGAGACUAUCGAUGAGCCCAAAGUGCUUCAGCAACAGGGCAGUCAAAUUCAAAUUCAAGUAUCAAAUUUCAUCACCCUCAAGCGUGCAACAUUUGACAUACCACCGCUGAAGAUUAACGGUGCCCGGGCAGAAACGGAUGUUACCAAGGCGGAAGCUUUUGCGCAACACUAUGCGUCCACCUAUACUACUGAUACAUCACCGAGCCCCCGACUGUCGUGCUCUGCGACUCUGCUGUCUUGGCAAGCCAUCUCGGUAGACGAGGUGCGUGACGCACUUUCGGCUCUGAAAGCAUACAAAUCACUGGGUCCUGAUGGACUGCAUCCCAUCGUGCUGAAGGAGUUGGCGCUGAUCUUUGCACUUACCUUUGCCGUUUUGUUCGGAAAAUCAUUACCCGAGGGGAGGUUGCCCGCCGACUGGAAGUCUGCUGUCCCGGUUGUCGCUGGCAAUGGUACAACACCCAUCACAACUGUGGAACUACCUGGCAGUCGCAGCACAGUGGGAAUCACCAACUCACAAGUGCAAGAACCUGGACGUCCACUGGCCAAAGCCUAA